UCUCUGAACCCUGAACUGAACCCUUUUUCACGAGCAGAAAGAAAAUAAGCAAUCUGUUCUGUUCAUCACUAUUCAUCUCCUCGAUUAUGUUUUUCUCUCUCUCUCUCUCUCAACGUCUGCAUCAAGUAAGAGGAGAUUAAAUAGUAGUGGUAGUGUGAAGUCAAACUAAAUCUACCCAAACACAACAUUCUGAUUGCAAUCUUUCUGUUCAAAUUUGAAACCUCAAAAUCUAACAGGGAAAGAAGGUGAGAAAAAUGGAUAUUCGAGCUACUGCUAGAGCUAGUGCAGUUAGAAACAGAAACAAAAUGAGUCCAGAGAGAGUGAGGUUAUCAUAUGAUCAUCAUCAUCAUCAUCAACAGCAGCAGCAACCAAAGAUGACGAUGAAUAACAAUGUGGUGAUGAGUAAACCGUUUAGGAAAGUUCAGGUUUUGUAUUAUAUCUGUAGAAGUAAUGGUCAGCUAGAACAUCCUCAUUUUGUUGAAGUUACUCAUUUGUCUACUCAACAUCUUCGUCUUAAAGAUUUCAUUGAUAGGCUGAUUGUUCUUAGAGGUAAAUCAAUGCCUUCUAUGUUCUCAUGGUCUUGCAAAAGGAGCUAUAAGAAUGGGUAUGUAUGGAAUGAUUUGUCUGAUAAUGACAUAAUCUAUCCAGCUGAUGGAGCUGAGUAUAUUCUCAAAGGCUCUGAAUUGAUUGAAGGAUGUUCAGAACAAUUUCAACAGAUUCAAGUGACCAAAAAACAAAACCCAGAACCAAAGUAUCAUUCAAAGAGAAGAUUACAAGUUGUUCCAUCUGAGAACAGAGAAACAGAACUAGGAUUCAUGAACAGAACAGAGAGUUAUGAUGAUGAUGAAGAAGAAGAAGAAGUAAGAAAGAAUAGUACAAGUUCAACCAAAUCAUCAUCUCAAUGUUCAAGAGGAGUCUCCACAGAAGAAGAAGAUGAACUCAUCAAAACCCAAAUCAACAAUAACCCCAGUGAAAUCACUCUUGAAGAUACCAAUAACUAUUCACCACCUUCAUCUUCUUCAACAAUAUCUGAAAAAACUCAUCAUCAUACACCGAAAACUGAUGAUCAUCAUGGCUCAGUGACUGAGUCAACUCGGAGUUCUGUUUUAUUUCAACUCAUUGCUUGUGGUAGUUCAAAUGCUAUGAGAGAAAGAAAUGCAUCUUCCCAGAGGCGUCUAAUGCCUGCUCCUCCUCCUCCCCCUCCUGUGGUGGCUGCUGCAAGAAAGAGUAAUUGCAGUAGCAAUCUCCAUAGAGGUGUUCUUUGUAAGAAUAUUAAUACUGCAAUCAAAAUGAGUGAAGAAGAAGAAGAUGUUGAGAUCAAUUACAUGUCUGAGAACCCAAGAUUUGGGAACCCACAAUCUGAAGAGAAAGAGUAUUUCAGUGGGAGUAUCGUUGAGUCAAUCACAGAGCAUGACCGAGUCCGUGAAGGAACUGAGUCAUCUCGCUUGAAGAAAUCGUCUUCUUAUAACGAAGAAAGGAGCAGGAAAUCUGGAUUAGGAUUGGAACCAAUAUCCUCCUCCAUGGAUGAAGAGGAAGAAAGCAAGAAGAAGAAGAAAAACGUGAAAGGAGGAGGAGGACAUUAUUGUAUUCCAAUCUUGACAUGUAACAACAAAUAGUAGCAAACAAGUAGAUGUUUUUGUACGUGGUACAUGAUGAUAUCUUUUGGCUGAUUGAGAUGUAGUACUAGUAGUAUGAUUUAACGUGUAGUUUGUACUCGAUAGAGAAAAAGGAGUAGUUGGAUUUCAUGAUCUCAAGAAAGUAAGUAGUCAGUCAAGCAGAGCAGAGCGCUUGACAAUGUUAUUGUUGUACUUGUAAGCUUGUCAUAAGAAGAAAGUCAUGGAGGUGAAAGAACAAGUUAAUGGCAUCCACGACUUUAGACGACGACAACAACAUGUAGUAGGAACCUUGGGAUUCAUCCUAAAGUAAGUUCUAUGAGUUAUGACUUUAUCUAUUUUCUCAAUGGUACUGCAGUUGUAA